AGAGAGAGAGAGGAACAGUUAAGGGCUGCUUAAGAAAGUCAUCCGUCUCCAUCCGGCUGCUGGAGCUCAUUAAGAGUGAUCCUACUGACCCCUCACGUUACCAUAGUGAUACCAUAGUGAGAUCAGUGGUGCUGUGCUGGAUGUGUUCCUCAGACUCCCUUCUCUAAUGCUUACUACAUCUGUAUGUUCUUAUAUCUGCAGAAGAUGACCAAACCUAAGAUCAAGCCUUGCUUCCACUGCCAGGGCAUGAACGCAGCCAACCGGAAGACAUGCCAGUCGUGCUUCGCCAGCCUCUCCAUGAAAGAGAGGAUCAAGUUGAAGGAGGAGAGUUUACGCUCCGGUGACUGGGGGGGGAAGGUGAAGGAGCACCGCAACGCCAGCAGAGUGGUGGACUCAGCUCGCAUCUGUGUGAAGAAGCUGCAUGAACUGGGCUUUAAGCCUCUGCUCAUCAUGGGGAAGGAGAGGAGAGGAGGCUACACAGAGAUAGAGGUCAUCACCGGCAUCGGCCCGGUACCGGACGGACCUGUACGGGACAUCAUUAAAGACAUGACCACCCUGUAUGAAUACUUCCUCAGAAACUACAACCAGCUCCUCGCCACGUCUACAGCUCCAUCUGAUGAAGCUACGCCAGCAGCUUCAGCAUCCAACGCCUUCACUCAGGAGGAGGAGGAAGAGGAGGAGGAAGAAGAGGAGGAGGCCUUCGACGUCCUGACCUUUGACCCUGACCUCCACCCACCUCCUACGACUCCUCCUCUUCCGUCUCCUCCUCCUCCUACAACCUCCUGUCUCUCUUCACCUCCUCUUCCAACCCUCUCUCUUGAUUCACCUCCUCUUCCCACCCACUCUCUCUCUCCUCCUCCUCCUCACUCUUCACCUCCUCCACCAACCCUCCCUCUCUCCUUCCCUCCUCCUCCGGAUCCUCCCGUCUCCUGCUGUCCUCCUGCCAACGGCCCGAUGAGAAUGAAGAAGGGAAAAAGAAAAAGAAAUGAACACACAGGCUGCAAAAAGCACACCUGGCAGAAGAUUUUCUUUUCUGAGAAACUGAUAGAGAGGAGGUCCAACAACGGAAAAGAGGAGGUCAGGGUGCACUGGAAGUCGUGUUCAGCCUGUGGUAAAGAAUGGGAGGACACCUGGGAGCCGGCUGUUAACUUCUCCGUCUAGCUGUCACUCCACUUCCUGUUUUUAUACACUUGUUUAUAUGUAAAUAUUGUUUUUAUGAACUAAUAAUGAUGUUUGUUUUCAUACUCUCUGUCUCACUUCCUGCCUUUUUGUUAUAUUUUAUUAUUCUUUUGUUACUAUUUGUAAAUUUCUAUCACUACUGUAUUUAUUUAUUUGUGUUUAUUUAUGUGGAUAUUCACUUAUGGUUUAAUAAACACAUGUUUCAAAAUGGAUA